AUGACAUACAAAAGUUGGAACUUUUCGAAGGGUUCGAAGAUAAAAAUCGUAGCUUUUGGCAUAGAACAAAAACCGCCGUCUCCGGAGCAGAGGAAAGACGGGGCCUUUCUUUCACUCCUCUUCCCCUCUCCCCUCUCCCUCUGCAGAGUCGUCCGAGUCCUGACCUACCCAGACCUCCAAUCCAAUCCAAUCCAAUCCAAUCCAAUCCGGCCGCCGCGGCGUGGCCUAGCCUCGCCGCCGGCCACCCCUCGCCCGCGUCGCCGGCCCCGUCCUAGCCCCCAUCGCCGUCUCCGCCCGCAGCCCCCUGGGCGGUUACUAUUUGAGGACCGGCGCCGGAGUCUGAGUCGAGCGCUUUCCGCAAAGGUUUCGGAGAGCCGGAUUGCCUGUCUGGGUGUUCUUCAAGGUUCAGCUCAGAACAGCAUGUCCAAGAUGCCAAAUCCAGAGAAGAAGUUGUUGAGGAUGCCAAGCGCAGAUGCCGAGAUGGCUGCACUGCACAAGGAAUGGGAUGAUGCCCGGUGUCCAAUUUGCAUGGACCAUCCUCACAAUGCCGUACUUCUGUUGUGCAGUUCUCAUGACAAAGGAUGCAGAUCCUACAUAUGUGAUACAAGCUAUAGACACUCAAAUUGCCUAGACAGAUUCAGGAAAAUGAAAGUGAACCGCAUGGACAGUUCGUCACAGCCAAGCUCUUCCUUGCCUGGAGAUACAAGUAACCAAAAUGUUUCAGAGAGAUCCCGUCUCGGUCCCAGUAGAGGGAGCCCCAGGCUGUUAAUAGAUGUACCUGAAUUCCGUGAAAAUCUCAGUCAUGAACAUGUCCGUAGCCCUGCAGCCGUAUCUGGACAGCAAGAAGGAACUAACUAUAAUCAAGGUCCAGUAACAUUGGAAGCUCUUAUGGGACAAGUGACUGGGCAAGUCGAGUCAGCUGAGGCAUCCAACUCGAACGAAUUGAUGUGCCCACUGUGUAGGGGUGCUGUGAAGGGCUGGGAGAUCAUCAAAGAUGCCAGACAGUACCUGGACGAGAAGCCAAGAAGCUGCUCGCGGGAAGCAUGCGCAUUUUCUGGUACCUAUGGUGCGCUCCGUAGACAUGCCAGGAGGGUGCACCCCACUACCAGGCCUGCUGAUGUGGACCCGUCAAGGCGCCGCGCGUGGCACCGCCUGGAGAACCAGCGGGAGUAUGGUGACAUAAUGAGCGCAAUCAGGUCGGCUAUGCCUGGGUCAGUUGUGCUUGGAGAUUACGUCAUUGAAGGUGGGCCAAGUGCGGACGAGCGUGAAGACGGCGGGCCAAGUGACCGAAGCGGGUCUCUGUUGACAACGUUCUUCCUAUUCCAUAUGAUGAACAGUGGCCCGCUGAGAUCAGGAGACGAGCCAAGAGCCUCAUCAAGGGCCCUGAGAAGGCAGAGGCGCCGCUAUCUGUGGGGAGAGAACUUGCUAGGCCUCCAAUACGACGACGACGACGAUGAUGAGGACGAGGAUAGCCUAGACGAGGAGGUUCAGAGGCCCAGGACUCGCCGGAGGUUCGUGAGGUCAAGGUCGGAGGAGCGGCGCUGA